GUCCGAGACAGCAAGAGUUUCAGCGCUGUAACAUCAGUAGCUGAGUACAGAUGUCUCAGUAACACGUGUGGCGUCCUGAUACUUUAUUUUUCUUUCCGUAUCAGGACGCACAUAGAGGUUGGUUGUUACCUGUUGAAACUCUUCAUUGGGACGUUCUUGGCUUCUACCUCGACCGUUGCUGAUGCUGCUGAUUCUGCGUGCUGAGGAUUUUACCACCCGCUGAAAACAAGUGACACACUGUACCACUCCCGAAACACCAGAGAGAACACAGCCUCGGCCAUUCGUUCAAACAACAGCCUCUAAUCAGGAAAAAUAUCGCAAGGUUUUAUCGACUGAAAGUCAAUGAAAGACCCUUGAUUAUAUUUUAAUGGGCUGAGUGUGUGGCCUACCACAAACAGUUGUGUUUGUUUUUGCUGAUUACCUAUCAUCAGGCAGUUCCCAGCAGUCCCAGCUCUGCUGUGCGCAAAGCGUGUUUUCCUCUUUUUAGAACGACCUAUGUUUACUUUUUCCUGACAUGCAACCUUUCGUGGUCUUGCAGACGAUGACAUAUCGUUCAGAAGCAAAGGAGGCCGCGGUGUGACGUCGUCGUAGUGCUGCGGAACCUGUGAGAGCCGGAGGUGUCGAUGUGUCAGCCCGGAUGAGCUGGUGUGAAGAGAGGGGGCGAGCGACAUAGACAAACACUGGGAGACAGGGAGAGGGAGCAGCUGGAGGCGACAGAGAGAGCCUCAGUAGUGAAGGGAGAGAGAGGAGGCAGCAGGACGGAGCAUGAAGGAGCUGCAGAGUUUCUGUUUCUGAAGACGAAAACACAAAAAGGUUGCGAUGGGAAACACAGACAGUCACAGCAGCUUCGUCUCUCCUGCCAAACCCUCCUGCUCGCUCAGGUUCUCCUCCAGGAGGGAGGAGGUGCCGUCGGCUCGCAGCUGGUGGAGGAGCGGCCAAGAGGGCUGCAGGAGCCGGGGGAAGAACUAUCCGAACCAGCACUCCGCCGGUCCCCCGUACACCUCCUGGCUUUACGAACAAGCGCCCAAAGCAGCCAGAGGGGGCCCCAAGCCGGGAGCUGGGUCUCCUCAGAGGUACAGCAGAGGGGACUGCAGGAGUCAGUUUGGAUACCCGGAGAGCGGCGGGGGGAGUAACGGUAUCUGUGGCAAGCGGACGUCUCUGGAGAGUGGCGGCAGCCCCAAAGUGCUGCUGCGCAAAGAUGGCAGCAUGACGGUGGAGUUUACCAACAGCAGGGUCGUCCCCGUGGAGCCGCAGGGGUUAUCUGGCCUCCCCGCCAUCGCCACCGCAGCCACCGCCGCGCCAGGGGCCGAACCCUCCCUCCGCACCAGCAAGGGCAGCUCGCUCAGCUCCGACGGCUCCUGGUACGACUCGCCCUGGGGGGCCGGCGCUGAGCUGGCCGACAACGUGUUCGUCUGCGAGCAGAGCAUGGAUAACAGCAGCGGCUACACCACCUACUCCUCCACCCGCACAGAGGAGACCGCCACCAGCAGCAGUGGCUACAACACCUUCUUCUCAGCUCAGGCGGAGGACAUCUCCCCCGGAUUUAACUCCACGAUCCUCUUCCCCGCCGCAGAGACCAACGGGUUCAGCUCCGCCGCGGGUUACACCACCUGCUCCUCCGGUCGGACGGAGGACAGCGGCAUCGGGGACUCGGUGAUCCUGCAGCAGAACCUCAGAGACUUCAGCCUGGUUUCAUCCCCCGCUGCGUCACUGGACAGCGUUUACACCAGCCACAACGCGCUUCCCGCCUUCCCCACAGCACCAGACUGCCACCUCCAGCAGCAGCAGAGGAGCGCCUCCUCCUCCUCGGCGCUGCUGGACGACGUCAUCCAGGAGGAGGGCGGUGCAGGUGGAGGUGUGGAGCAGUGUUACUCCUCCCUCACGCUGCCCUGCCGCAGGGCCGAGCCCCUCAGCAGCGGCCCCACGGGCGGGAACAACCGUAAAGACUUCCUGAAGAGCCGGAUCAGACGGCUGAGCGACUGGACAGGAAGUCUGAGCAGGAAGAAGAGGAGGAUCCAGGAGCCCUACGGCAGCGACACCAGCGAUGUUUUCAUCAGCGGACUGAGCUCGGGGCUGGUCGGCUGUGGCACACCGUGGUCUUCCAACCCCCUCCACGUUCUGAACCAGAACCAGGUCCCUCCGAUCCACUGUGGCUCCUGCAGAAGCCUGAACCAGAACCAGUUCCCUCCAGCCCACUGCGGCUCCUCCAGGAGCCUGAACCAGAGCAGCGACGCCCAGCGGCAGAACAUCUACGAAAACUUCAUGCAGGAGCUGGAGAUGGGCUGCAGCAGUGCAGCCGACCGGACUGAUCCGUCGGAGGGGGAUGGAGAGGAGGAAGAGGAGGAGGAGGAGGAGGGGGAGGAGGACAUGGAUGGGGACGUGGAGUUGGGAGGAGGGGAGCAGCUGGAUGUCCUGUUCGAGAAGGAGCAGGGUGGUGUGGGGCGGAUGGCUCUCCUUCUCUCCCUUCUCAUCACUCAUCACAACAAGGAGGAGAAGAAGCUGCUGAGGUCGCCGCCUGGUGGAGAACACUACUCACUCACACUGAAAGGUUGCUCUCUGCUGUUUUACGAGACGUACGGGAGGAGCGGCGGGGCCGAGCGGGAGCUUUCUCCUCGUUACGCCCUGCUGGCCGACGACAGCAUCGUCCAGGCCGUCCCCGAACAUCCCAAGAAGGAGCACGUCUUCUGUCUGAGCAACUCGUACGGAGACGUCUACCUGUUCCAGGCCACCAACCAGACGGACCUGGAGAACUGGGUGACGGCCAUCCACUCUGCCAGCGCCUCCCUGCUGGCGAAGCGUCAGGGGAAGGAGGACACGCUGCGUCUCCUGCGCUGCCAGAGCCGCUCGCUGCUGCACAAGAUCGACAUGGACGGAAAGAUGAAGAAGAUGGCCGAGCUGCAGCUGUCCGUCAUCAAGGAGCAGAAGAGCAGGAAGGCUGUGGAGAGCCAGAUCAAGCAGUGGGAGCAGAACCUGGAAAAACUGAACCUGGAUCUGUUCAGACUGAAGUGCUACCUGUCCAGUCUACAGGGCAGCGAGCUCCCAAACCCCAAGAGCCUCCUCGCCGUCGCCAGCCGGCCCUCCAAGAGCAUGCUGGGACGCCUGGGGGUCUUCUCCGUGUCCUCCUUCCACGCCCUGGUGUGCAGUCGAGAUGAGGUGACGUUGAGGCGGCGCUGUCGGUCUCUGUCGGGAGGAAACAACAGGAGGAGGGGGCUGCCGUCCUCUCUGAAGGCUCUGGACGGGCUGAGCAGGCGCAGCAGGGACUCCGGGCACUCGACGUCCCAGGUUUUGAAGACUCCAGUCGCCACAACGUCUGCUCACCACGCCGCCAGCUGCUGCUCUGAGAGACUGGACUGUGUGUCCAAACAGAGGGAGGUGGCGCCCUCCGCAGGACGUCCUGCAGCUGUGCAGGUGUGUGAUGAGCCGCAGGUUUCAGUCCUCGGUGUCUUCUCUCUGCACAUCUGUCGACCCGACGCCGAAGACUUUGGUUUUGCGGUGACGGGUCAUGUGGACGGAGCCGGGAAAAGUCACAUCUACGUCAGCGAGGUGGACCCGCUGGGACUGUCUGCCAGAGAAGGCCUCAGGGCCGGAGACGAGGUCCUGGCUGUGAACGGGGCCGCUGUAUCCGGACUGGACCUGGACCUGAUGCAGAGUCUCUUCAGCCACCUGAAGCUCCAGCUGCUGCUGAGGAGACACGAGCCACCGGACCCCGAGGAGCCCCCCGCCGUCUGGCCUGAACCCGGUGAACCCGCAGACCCCUGUCAGCUCCCGGCCCCUCCAAACCUCCAGACCUGGACCACAGAUUUUCCGUCUCCCAGCGAAGCUCCCGACGGCGUCCCGCCUCCUGUUUUUGACGACGUCCCAGCGAGGUUGUCUGAGGACACCGAGCCGACAGGACAGAACAUGGAGCGGGUGUACUCUCUGUACCAGACCUUCCCAGAAGGCCGAGCCUCAGACGCCAAUGUUCCCAGGAACCCGUACAGCAGGGAGGUCGGCCUGCAGCCUGCGAGCCCCGCCCACCUGAGUGUGUGUCAGCGCCUGCGUAAAGUCAUCCAAGAACUGGUCGACACCGAGAAGUCCUACGUCAAGGAUCUGGUCUGUCUGUUUGACAUCUACCUGACGCCGCUGCAGAGGGAGACUUUCCUCAGUAAAGAAGAGAUGGAGGCGCUGUUCGGCAGCCUGCCGGAGAUGUUGGACUUCCAGAGAGUUUUUCUCCAAACCCUGGAGGAGAAAAUCGCCUCCUGCCCCAACUUCAGCAACCUGGAAACCCCCGAACAGUUCAAGAAACUCCUCUUCUCGUUGGGGGGGUCUUUUCUUUACUACGCCGACCACUUCAAACUCUACAGCGGCUUCUGUGCCAACCACAUCAAAGUCCAGAAAGUUCUGGAGCGAGCAAAGACAGAUGGAGCCUUUAAACAGUUCCUGGAGGCGAGGAACCCGACCAAUCAGCACUCGUCCACUCUGGAGUCGUACCUGAUCAAACCUGUCCAGAGAGUCCUGAAGUAUCCGCUGCUGCUCAGAGAGCUGGUGUCUCUGACCGACCCCGAGAGCCCCGAACACACACACCUGACAGAGGCUCUGAGAGCGAUGGAGAAGGUGGCGAGUCACAUUAACGAGAUGCAGAAGAUCUACGAGGACUACGGCUCCGUGUUCGACCAGCUGGCUGCGGAGCAGAGCGGACCUGACAAACAGGUGACGGACAUCUCGAUGGGGGAGUUUCUGGCCCAUUCGUCGGUGGUCUGGUUGAACCCUCUGCCCUGUCUGGGACGCCUGAGGAAGGAACCAGAGCUCACGCUGUUCGUGUUCAAACGAGCCGUCAUCCUGGUUUAUCGCGAGAGCAGCAAACUGAAGAAGAGGAUGACUGGAUCCCGCUCAGCUGAUCUGGACCCCUUCAGGUUCCGCUGGUUAAUCCCGGUGUCAGCGGUUCAGGUCAGACCGGCCAACGUCACAGGCUCAGAGAACCCGUGUGUGUGGGAGCUGGUCCACAGCAGGUCAGAGGUGGAGGGGCGACCAGAGACGGUGUUUCAGCUCUGCAGCAGUGGUGUGGAGACGAAGGCCAGCGUGCUGCGAGCUCUGCGCUCCCUCCUCAGAGAGCGAGCGCCCGUCGGCUCCCUGAGGAGGACCCGGCUGUCGACGGCCGAGAGGAGCAGCUCCUGGAGGGGGAGGCAGCAGAGGGGCCGCGCCGACGCCCAGAGGGCGGCUCAUCAUCAGCCGGAGGAGGCCUGCAGACCCGACGGCAGGUUCAUCCUGGGAGAAACCUGCUCGGAGCCUCUGCUGCCCAGCCACGCCGCGUCCGACCCCGCGGGGAAGAGGACCAGACUCUGCUCCCUGACCAGCGAGCUGGAGGCCCAGCUGCAGAGGCUGAACUUCGCCGAGGAGGAGGCGGAGCGAGGAGCGACGCCUCAGAGCGACGAGCAGAGGACCGCGGAGAACAGGCGGAGCUCGGGUCUGCGGCAAAGCCCCGGUGGAGAAGUGCUGGACCUCAGCAGCCUGCUGGAGAGAGACUUCAGCGUUCAGAGCAUGACCUCCAUGAUUAACGAAGACUGCUUCUACGACACCAUGUUGGGGAUUCAGACGGCUGCGGUUCCCACACUGCAGGGCUGAAGCCGUCGUGCUACAGAGCCGGGAUCUACCAAACUGCAGAGGCUGGUGCUGGACCUGAACAGCGUCUCUUACGCCUGUUCCCGAUUACCAGAAGCUUCUUGGACCUGUCGAAGGCCUGGGAAAAUCUCCACAGAAAGACCUCUGGAAAUCCUGAGGCUGGAAAACGCACCUCCACUUGGAUCAUGGUCGCAAACAAACAAGUUCUCCACUCAUCUUGUUCUGAUUCCAACUACAGACUUUUAGGGGAAAGAAACUUUUUACAAGAGCAAAGUUGUGAUAUUACGAGAUGUUUAUUCAAAUCCUCCAGAGCAGCAGAACUCUCAACAUCGAGCCUUUUUUUCUUAAAAUUUCACCCGUAUUUUGUAAGAUCUUGACCUUUUUCUUUUUAUUACUUAACAGUUGAGAUAUUACAACUCUUCUCUUGUAAAAUUGCGACUUUUUAAAAGAUACGAUAUUCACUUUAUACUUCGCACAAACAUCAUGACUUUACUCUCAUAACAUUCCUUUUUUUCCCUGAAAAUAUUUGGGCUUUACUCUCAAAUUUUUGACGUUUUUACUCCUGAACUCCUGGAGCUUCCUUCAGCCGCCGUGUCUCAGAGCGAACCUUCACUCCUUCGCCUACGAACCGAACCGAUCGAACCCCGGCAGACCUGCUGAAGGAACGGGCUGAACGUUCCUCCGUCUCGUCUCGGACUCAAGCCUCAGACCCCCAGAACAUUUUCAGGAACUUUCUAUCAGGAGCCUGGAGGAAAGCAGCUGUUUUCUCUUUGCAUCUCUGAAAUCCCAGUGUGGAUUCAGAAAAGGACCCAAGUUGAGCUCAAUCAUCCUGAGCGGCCUCAGAAACCUGAAAACACAAACAUCUGGAGCUCGGGUCUCUGUCUGGUGGAUCUCCAAUGACUUUAUUUUACAAUUUUGUUGAUAGUUCUUGUACGUUUCUGUUCAAGAAGUGGAAAGCGGAUGAAUGUCGGACUCUCGUUUUUACCCUCAGCUGCCUGAACGCCUGGUUAUUUUUUUAGCUUCGUCUGUGUCGCCGCUCUGCUGUGAAUAUUUCUCUCUGUACAGUUUAUUUUUUCGGUCCUAGUUUUCUGUGUAACAGAUAUUUUCUUUGUUCUUGACAAAAGCAGUUUGCAGUAACUACCUGGAGCUGCUGGAUUGGAUCGGAGCCUCUGUAAAUCUGCCGGGUGGAAUGAUUGUAUUUAAAUAUUUUGUCCUGUUUGUUUUGUGUAUUUCAGUUUGGUGACUGAGGAACUAGACGACGGUGUUUCAUUUUAAAGGAACUUUUCAAGUUAUUUUUUGAACUGUUAAAGUAUUUGGUAAUUUAUUUUCUUAAAUAUUUGUGCACAUCUUUUUGACGACUUGAUGCUG